AACAAAUCCAAAUUCAACAGCAAGCAGACUCAAGGAUGCAAAACAUGGAGAAUCAAUUGGGGCAGAUUGCAAAGGCUUUAUCUGAGGAGUCCGAUAGAUCCCAUCCUAGCGACACAGAAGCCCAACCCGAGGAGACCAAUAUGGAUGAUCACGUGAGCGAGUCAGACUAUGAUGGUGUGAAUAUGAUGGAUGAUACACUUCCUGAUGUUUUUGAAGACCCUGAUGAGAACGGUGUUAACGAGAGUUGGGAUGCCUUCAUGGGGAGUGAUACAGAGUCUGGAGGAGAGGUUGUGAAUGUUCAUGAUAUUUGUGAGGAAGAAGAAGACUUUUGUAUGGUGCAAUUUGAUUACGAGGAUGAGAGUUUCAUACUUCACUUCUGUGCUGAUGAGGGUUAUGAAGACCAUGUGCUGCCUUCGUGGGCUGACGAAUUUAAAGAUCUGCGCCACUUAAUGACAUUUGUUGAGAGGAAGCUGGAGACGUUGACUAUAAGUGCACCACUACAGUCUUUGCUAUUGGAGAGUCUAUGGGGUAGUUGUGUCGGGCAAACGACGUUAAAAAUAGCGCUUCUCGGGAGGCAACCCGAGCUUUUUUCUGCUUUUGUUUUUGCUUUUGCUUUGUUUGUUGUUUGGUUGUUUUGCUUUGUGUUUUUUUUUUUUUUGCAGCUCAGGGUCUUGUUGUUUGGAUGAUGUGCCGAGGAUUACAUUGACUCAGUUUAGUUCUGCAUCGACCAAUGCCUUAGGGAAGUUUCUUUGAACUCUUUUACUCGCUUGUUGAAAUAUUGACUUGAGUUAAGUUGAGCAUGCGUGACCCUAUCCUCUUUACCCCCUUGUGCAUAGUGCAUUUUUGGUCAUCGAGGACGAUGCCAAAGUUUAAGUGUGGGGGAGUGAAUUGGGCAUUCGGGCAGUAGUUGUUACAUGUGAUUAAUUAGAGUUAGCAUGCGCAGGUGUUAGUUGUAUAUUCAUAGGAAAUUCGUGUAAAAAAUUUUGAAAUUUUUUCUUUAAACUGUGUCUUUGUGAAGUGGCUAGCAUUUGACUAUACUUUUAGAGCAUCCUUGAAGUGUUUAGGCUUAAAUUGCUUGCACUAUAAUCUAGUUGUUGAAAGGAUGAAGGCAUUAGUCACCCAUUGAAUUAAUCCAUAAAUCAUCCACCCCACCUGAAAAAGUCCUUUAGGAAAAGCCAUUUUGAGCCGACCAUUCUUUGUUUACCCAAUUAAUUUAGCUCCAUAGCCAAAUGGCCUGUGUUCCUUACCCGUGAAUAUUUCUGACUUAGUCUUGAUGUUUAGGGAAUUAAGGGAUUAAUUUGCCAAGUUUAGGGAAUUUUGUGUAGGAGCCAUUUUUGGCACUGUUCCUAUGCCCCAAAUGGGGUAAGAGCAGUCACUUUUUAGGAAUAUGAUACUUUUGAGGAUUGCAUUGUAGGCAUGGAUUCACUUUUAAAUAAAUGAACCUUAAUUGCUAUUUUUCCUUGGUGAGGCCGAGAUUAGAAUGGGGUAAUGUCUAGUGAGAAUCCGAAAGGUGAAAAAUUAAUAUAGCUAGACCUCUUACUUUGCGAAAAAGGGAAUGGGAGCCCCAGUCAAAAAGCGUAAGAUGAGACUUGGGUAUCUUUCGAAAGAAACGGCGUUCUCGUGCCAACAUGACAAGGAAAACUAAACUUUAAUUAAUUGAACUUGGAGGCUAUCUCAAAAUUUAGCUUUAGUCCUCCGCGUACUUCAAGUAUACGUCAAAGCGCAAAUGUGCCGAGACGGUUUAGCUUAGUUGUACACCAUGUCUACUCUUUGCAUAGGUUUAAAUGAUUGUUCCUAAAUUGUGGCCUACUGAGUUCCUUGAUCCUAAGAAUAGCCCUGAAGUUCCUGAAUGCAUUGAGUCUUUGUUAGAAUAUUCCAAUCUCUCAAAAGAAAGGGACUGUUUAUUACCAUUCACCAUUCACCAUCACCUUCACAAGUCCAUCUCAUCAAUAGCUAGUUUAUUUGUGUAUGCUGUCAUUACUCUAAGGAUGUUGUGAAUACUUUGUCAAAUAGUUUAGCUAGAGUACAAAGAUGUAGUUUAGGGAAGAAUUUUCUUGGUUUAGUCUGCCUGUUCUGUGAAUAUUCCUUUAACUACGUGUGCAUGCUAAUUGUUUUGAUUCCGUGUGGUGAUUAUCGUAAGUCCCGUUGUUCAGUUUGCUUGAGGACAAGCAAAGGCUUAAGUGUGGGGGAAUUUGAUAAGUCCGUAUUUUGACACGUAUUUGAUGCGUGUUGGGAUCGGUUUUGAUGGUUUUCCCUAGCUUUAAGGUGUUGCAAGUCUCAAUUUUAGCUCAAGUUAUGUUUAUCGGGCAUUGGUUCGAGUUUUGUGUUGUUUGUAGUCAAAAUCAGGGAAUUUGAGCCCGGGUACCGGCACUUGAGGAACAAUCGGGAUGAUUUGAGAAGCAUUUGAGAAUGAUUUGAUAGCUUUGGAGGUCACCGGAAGAUUCACGAUGAAGAUUUGAAGGAAAAAAGAGCUCUAGGAUUGGCUUCGGGAUCAAAAGAAGAUGAAUGAAGCUUGAAAACGACGAUCAGAAUGACCUUCUGUCAAUUGUUCAAGCAUAUCUCUUUGUAGGAAGAACCAAUGGACACGAUUCAAGUUGAAUAUGAAAGCCAACUUCAAGAUCUACAAAUCAUAUGAAGAAACCUUUGCGAGAAUCUGAGAGGAAGAAGGUGAAAACAGACGAUGAAGUCAGAUGAUCUCUGCUGCGUUUUCAGAAGAACACCUUCCACCGUUUUGAUCAUAUCUCUUGAUUGGAUGAUUCAAAUCACAUUCGGCAAAUUGGAGUGGAUAGAGGACUUCAUUAUCUACAACUUUCAUGAAGGAAGUUUUGUCAAAUUCGGAAGUUAAGUAGGCACGAUCGUGCCCUCAAAGUCAGACACGAUCGUGCCUGAAGAGAAAAGCACCGGGAAGCUACUGCCAUCCAGGCACGAUCGUGCCUGGAGGGAGGCACGAUCGUGCCUGCCCAAAAUGCGCGUUUUUGCUCCGGAGGCACGAUCGAAGGCACGAUCGUGCCUGGCAUCGUGUCUGGCUCCGAAAAUCCUAAUUCAGCUCAAAUUUCACCCGAUUUUUCUAUUUAAACAGCCUGUAAACCCCCGUUUUCAAGGGGGGAGCUUAGAGAGAGUGCCUAGCACGAAUUUUAGAGGGCUUUUCAGCCUUGUUCAUCAAUCUUUUGGGAUUCUUUGUAAGUUCCACCUUUUUAAUUAAUGACAAUUAAUUCUUUUUAUUCCAAUUCUAUUGAUUCUUCAAUUAUGAAUUGUGAGUAGUUUUAAUUAGGGAUUUGGGAUUGAUGAAGGGGUUAAUCAUGAUGUAUGGCUAGAUUCUUUUCGGUUUAAUUGCAUGAAUGCCGUUUAAUUUGUGUUCGAAUAAUUUAAUUGAUAUCUCUUGUAACCUAGAAUCGCGACUAGAAUUACAAUUGCAUGUAGAAUAAAUUAAGAGAGAUCUAAUUUGUUCUAGGACACAUUCACACACACUUAAUCGUUCGCUAAGAGAUUAGUAGCGAUUAAGGGGCCGUAAGCUCGCUCGUCUUGGCAAUAAUUUAGGAUCCUGUCGCAUGAGAGAUCAGCCUGGUCCCCUAAAUUAUUGUACUCUACGCCGCGAGAGCGGUAAGAACUUAGUAAUGAUUAGCUAGGCUCAAUUAAAUUAAUUUCAUGUAAUUAGGCCUGAUCCGCCAGAAAUCUGGUUACCCCGGAAUCGAUCCCUAUUCCCUUCGUCAUUAAUUAGAAAGAACCCCCUAAUUUAAUUGUUCGCAUUAGUUUUAUUUUCCAAACUAACCAAUCUCGCACGACGCUUUUAUUUUAUUUUCUUUUUAAUCGCUGAAUUUAAAUAAUUCUUGAUUCCCUUUUGUCCGUCCCUGUGGAGACGAUACUCGUACUUACACCACUAUAUUACGAUCUAUUUUAAGUGCGAGAAAACUCAAAUCAGUUUUUGGCGCCGUUGCCGGGGACGGUGUCGGUUUUAAGGGUUAAUUAAUUUCAGCGAGAUUUUUUUUAGUUAGUUUUCUUUUUGUUCUUCGUAGGAUUUUUCUGGGCUAACCUUUCAGGUAUUUUUCCAAGAGGCAUGAGAUGAACCCAUUCAGCCGAAUUCCUGGAGGAAUUCCGUACCCUCAAACCUCCAUGGAAUAUUCACCAUAUCCGUCAUACCCUCCUUACACUCCUCCUCCUCAAUAUUACACAUCUCAUCAAAAUUCUUCUCCUACACCACAAAAUUUCCCAUCUUCCUAUUCUUACCCUCUUCCAAAUACGCAAUACUCUCAAUCUCAUUCUCCGAAUCAAUAUCCUUAUCCACAAUAUCCUCGGACAAAACCAGGCUCCAUUAUGGAAUUUCUCAUUCAAACUAAAAGUCCCGAGGAAUUGGUUGAUUACUUUCCUAAGAAUAGCAUUUGUAACUUUUGUGGAGGUGGUCACCAUUCAUGUCUUUGCCCCAUUCCUCCAUACGACCAUCCUUACUGGGCAACUGCAUACCCCACUUCGUCCUCCC